CCUUUUCAUAGGAACUAUAGUUAGUAAUACGUGGGAAUUAUUUACUGGCGGACCAGACCCGUAUCAGCAGUAAACAGCUGCAAAGAGGCUUCAGUAAUGGGAACGUCUGACGCUCUUUGAUAAAGUUAACUUUUAUCAUACAGUGUUAUUCCCAUUUAUAGAUGCCCAUGAAUGGCAGGAAAGAAUCGAUUCUCUGAAUCGGACAGGUUUGAGUAUUUGCAGGGGCUGGUUACAGAGUUUCAAGACACAGACAAUGAGGAGGCUAAAGAGCAAGUGCUGGCAAACUUGGCCAACUUUGCCUACGAUCCAUCCAAUGUAGAAGCCCUACAGAUGCUCCAGGUUACAGACCUCUUCCUGGACAUGCUGACUGAAGAAAAUGAAAACUUUGUGGAGUUUGGAAUUGGUGGUUUGUGCAACCUGAGUAUGGACCGGGAGUCCCGUGAUCAGAUCGUCCAAAGCGGUGGAAUUCCGUUAGUUGUAGGCUGCUUGUCAAGUAACCGGGAUGAAACGGUUCUUUCUGCGAUCACAACAUUAAUGAACCUCACCACAGCCGCCACGCGUGCGGAAACCACAGCCACUGCGGUGGUACAGUGCAUGCUGCGGUUCUCUCUCACUCAGAACCCACGACUCAGGAACCUGGCUUCUGUCUUUUUGGAGGACUGCUGCACACAAGAACAAGUAAACAAAGCCCAAGAUGCAAUGCAGGGACAGAGCCAAUCAGCUGUGGGGAUUCCACUUCCAGUAGAUUAAAGACUUGUGUUUGUUUGUGUUAUGUUGUAUUUAAGAGGAAUUCUGGUAAAAUAUGUCUUAAACAGUGAGAUCAUUUACAAAAUAAGUUGCUACUGAGAAAUACUUGAUAUACAGAGGUGUUUAAUAUUUUCAGACAUAAUAUAUGACAUGCUUAUGGUGAGUAAGUUAUAAAAACACUGUCUUCAUUGAAA